UUGGGCGGCAUUUGUCGGUCUACUGUCGGACCGCUCCACUUGUAAGAUCGAGUAUAGAAUACAUUGAUUGCAGGACUUGUAGCCCGGCGCGACGACGACGUCGUGUGUUCUCCUCCCCCGCGCGUGUUCGCUGUCUGUGUCGUGAAAGUUAUCAUCUCGGUGGAUGAAGUUUGCACUUUUCCGCGCACGUAAAGAGAUCAUCACCGAAGGGCAAGGCGAGAGGAGGAAUAAGAAGAAGUGGCGGCAAGCGGGACGGGGCUAUAUAAUUUAUGACGCGGGAGGAAUCGAUGGUGACUCAACUAAUUCGCCCACCCGCCGUUCUUCGACAGUUUUUUCCCCCAGAUUUUCGACGAUGCCGAUAAGACGCACGGCAAAAUGAACAGGAAUUCUCGCUGAUAUACGACGGAUAAGCAUCAUGGCUCAUCGGAUUUUCCGAGGAAUUCCCAGAAUGACGAUGAAUCGUUCCCCGGAAAUAGUACGAAAUUUCGAGUAUCUGCUUGUGAUGGACUUUGAAGCUACAUGCGAAAAGGACCAAAUGUUCAGACCGCAGGAGAUCAUAGAGCUACCAUGUGCAGUACUUUCCACCCGCGACUGGAACGUAAAAGACAUUUUCCACGAAUACAUUAGGCCUAGGAUUCAUCCUAAGCUCACGCCAUUUUGCACGGAAUUGACGGGAAUCAUGCAAGAUAUGGUGGAAAAUCAGCCUUCCUUCCCAGAUGUGUUUUCGAGAUUCUGCGAGUGGCUGGCGAAGAGAGGAUACUUCGACGAAUCGGACAAAAGUACAUUCGUAACGUGCGGUAAUUGGGACUUGAAAGUCAUGCUGCCGAAUCAAUGCAAUUUGGAUGAUAUCGCGUUGCCGGAUCAAUUUAAGCAAUGGAUAGAUCUCAAACACACGUUCAGUGAAUUCGUUAUGUAUUAUCCCAGAAGUCUGCAAGAUAUGCUGGCACGAUUGAAUCUUCCAUUGCAAGGGCGUUUACAUUCGGGCAUUGAUGAUGUGAAGAACAUGAUCACUGUGAUUCAAGCGUUGCAAGAAAAGCACAAUGCACAGUUCAAAAUUACUUCGUCAUUGGCAACUUCCGUGUUAAAUUUGAAGUAUAAAGAGAACACAGUAAAGAAGAAAGUUCAGUGAAAGAGGAUACGCAGUAGCUUGUAGAAAAUUGGUCUAUUAAUAAAAAAUAUUGCUCUUA